AUGAGUGAUACAUAUGGAGGGAAGGAAAAUGUCUGUGGAAAAAAAACAAUUAUUUACACAACAGAAAGCCCACUAAUGUGCAUGGCUGUCAGUUCUAAAGCUGAAAUGGUAGCAGUUGCCGGUAGAAACCUCUUUCAAGUAUUCAGUGUGCAUGAAGACAAAUUCAUUUCGCUACAUCGUGUUAAAACGCCCUCACGUUUGGUUGUGUCUGAUAUUCCAAAAUCAAAGACAUCCGUAAUUGAUUCCAUUGGGACAGAAUGUGGCCCGAAUCCAACUCAUGCAACUAUUGUUACUGCAACAGAACCUAUACCUGCUCGACAUAGCCCUGUGAUACAAUCAGCUAUAAAUCAACCUCGUUCUCACAGCGUUACAGAUGUAAGCUGGUCAAAUGUAGGUGAUAUCCUUGCAACUGCAUCUACAAGUGGAGAUGUGAUGUUAUGGGAUGUUGGCAGAGGAAUGACUCAGACUGCCUGUUUUUCUGGACAUAACCGAUCAAUACAUUGCAUUCAUUUCAACCCAACCAUUAGCACGGAACUAGUAACAGCAUCACAAGAUGGUAAAUUAAAGCUGUUUGAUAUUCGUGAUCCGAAUCCAAUUUCUUCAUGUCAAAUAUUCUUCCAAAGAACUGCUUCACCAUCUCCCGUGAGAGAUGUAUCAUUUUGUCCUAAGCAAGGAUUCUUGAUUGCAGCUGCUCAGGAAAAUGGUGUUAUCAGUAUAUGGGAUACGAGAAAAGGUUCACGUCCCUUUCGUGCUUUCCAAGGUCAUUCAUGUUCAAUAGCCACACUGGACUGGCAUCCAAAUUGGAACGUAACAACUUGUAACUGGUUAGCAACUGCUGGUGCUAGAGAUCAUUUAAUCAAAGUGUGGAAUUUAAAUAGUCCCAGCGGGCAAAGUUCUGUUACUUGUCCUAGUGUUUUAUAUACUGUACGUACUUCCAAUGUAAAUCGUGUUCGUUGGAGACCUACUUUUAUGACUCAACUUGUCUCCAGUUGUAACCUUACAAUCGAUCUUAGUGUACAUAUUUGGGAUUUACAACGACCAUUCAUUCCAUAUGUAUCAUUUGAAGAGCAUAAAGAUCUUGUAACAUGCAUAUCUUGGUGUCCUGCUGAAACGAAUAACUUUAUACUUCCAUAUGGACAUUUACUACAUGCUGUUCGUAAAGAUCGUGUUGAAAUUAAUAAUAAGUUGUCAACAGUGGAAGAAAAUAGUAAAGUGUCAUAUCCUAUAACUACGAAAAAUCAACCAACCUCUGUUCAACAUUCCAAUGGGAAUGGAUGCUCAUUAAGUUACUAUGGUCCGUCAUAUCCUACAUCGACAUUAUCAACUGCUAUUAUUACUACUAAUACUACGUCUACUACUACUACUACUACUGUUAAUAACAGUAAUGCUGGCGAUACUCUUUUAAGUAAUAAAGAUUUUGAACAUCCUACCGUAGUAGCUACAUCUGGUAAUGCUGAUGAAUUAGGGACUCAAAUUAUUACCAAUACUUUAAUUCCUUCUGAGUCAACUGUCAAUAUACCUAGUAAUAACAUUAAUACUAUCGGUACAACUGCCAUCAACUCUGUUACCUCUAAUAUAUUUACUAAUUCCACUAUUAAUGAGUGUACAACAAUCACAACAACAUCAUUGACAAUUGCGUCACCUCCUUCCUCACCCGACCUACCUCAAAUGGGAUCUUUAAAGUCCGCACAACUAUUCGUAUCACAAGCUCAUAGUCUUUUAUUUCAUUACAAACCGUGUUUAGAGACAAUUUUCCAACCUAACUAUUUUGAUUUCACCAAUGCUCUACUACCUGAUCUAAUUAUUUUAUUGGCCAAAAAUUAUAAGUUUAUUGGAACUAAUGUGGAUAUGAUUUGUGAAUAUAAUGCCAGUGUCUGUUUACGAUUUGGUCAACCGUUUUUAGUACGAUUCUGGCUAUUGUUACGUUCAAUUUAUGGUAGUCUUAGUUCUGAUCCACAUAAACGUACAUCAUCUCAACAACAUGCAACGCAGACUCAACCAUCAACACCAUCGCAUCAACAUCAGCAAUUAUAUAAUUUUUCAGAUUUAGACAAUCAAUAUUCCAAACAUAUUCAAUCGUCACUGAUUAAUGAGAAGUUUGUUCCGCCUACUGAUUCAUCACGUGUUCAUAUUCCGGAGAAUAAAACUUUGAAAUGUUUCCGUAAUUCUGGUGCAUUAAGACGUAAAAAACGCGACACGGAAACAAAUGACACUACUGGCAUUAAAUUAUCAAGGAUUUUAGAAUCGUUAGGUAUUCGAAGUCGAGAAUCUGCACAAUUAACUGAAAAGACGAAAACUAAUGUGAAUAUAGAUUAUAGAAGGCAUUCAUCCGGUAAUGUUCGAGUUCAACACCAUAGUGCUUCUAAACAAUUUAUCGAUACUCUUCCACCUGUACAAAAGUUUCUGUCAUGUUCUAGUUCAGCAAACAAUGAUCCAACUGAUUGCGUAUUCUCUAACAUACCAUCUAUAGCUAAUCCAUACAACAAUGACUGUUCCACAUUGACAAAUGAUUUAUUAUUUCGUUCAACUAAACCAAUAUCUUUAAAUAUGGAUUAUGAUAGCCUACAUAAACCAUUGGUAAUUGACAAUGAUCAAUUAAUUCCAUCCUUAUCAUCAUCAGCAUCGCCGCCAAUUAGUCAACCUUCACAGUUUAUUUUAAAAAGCCUUGAAGAUGAUAUCUUAAAUAAUGGAUUACUAUUUCAUAAUUAUCAUGAAGAUAUUGACUAUUUAUUUCAUACUACAAGUCCUCAGGAACCGUUAGAGCCUAGUCCUUUCAUUGAAAAUGAUCCAGUUAAAAGAAGGCCAGAUCAAUUAGAUCUUAUUGAAGCGAUCGGUUCACAUGACGAUCCUGUAAUUAUGGAAACAGAUUAUCUACCCGAUGAAGCAUUUGUCACUAAUACUAAUACUACGGCGGCUGUUAAUAUUACUCCCGAACUUUUUCAAAAUUCUAACCAAUUAAAGUAUAAACAAAAAGAAUCAUGUUUAAUUCAUAAUCAAAAACGUCAAUUAACGAAACAAAAUACAGUUGAAUGUAGUACAAAAAAUGAUCAGCGGCAAUCGACUUCAAUUACAACUAAUGCUAAUGAUAAUUGUAAAGUUGUAUCAUGUUGUGUUGAUAUACCAGUAUCUAGAAAAAAUCAUUCAUCUUCAAAACUUCAACGAAAAUCAAUGGAUUGUAGUAAAUUAUUAGCUUCUAAUUGUCAUGAUUUAUCAUUAAUUGACCGGCAAAACAGCCAAAUUUUAUCAGCAUCAAGUUUUCCUGGUUUAUAUACUGCUACUAGCACUAUUGCUACAACUGUCCCAUUAAAUAAUGAUGUUGAUUGUACACCUCUCAUUCCAUCAUUUCAUUCAAAUGAUGCUAUUAACCAAGAAAUAAAAAAGUGUUCUGAUGAAACCUUGGUAAAGAAUGAUGAUGGUGAUGAUGAACAUGACGAAUAUAAUUGUCCUCUUAUCUCUCAAUCCUUAUUAUCAUCUUCACCGUCACAGUCAAAUACCUCGUCCUUAGCAAAACAAAGAUUGCUCGGGACUUGUAAAAGAUCUGUUCAACUCUUAGCCCCACCUCAUCAUAGUAAAUCAUUAUCUGGUUUCAGUAGAGAAUCAUCAAUGUUAUUAAAUGGGUAUACUGUGAAUUCUGUUGGCUCUUUGUCUCCGAUAUCUGGAGAUAUCAAUUCUAUAAUUUGUAAAUGGCUUAUAAAGUUGGUUGAAUCUGGACAUGUUCAAACUGUAUGUACAGCAUUAUUGGCUUUGGGUCCGGAACGUUUACGUCUAAGCGAAUGGAUUAGCGAGUCUAUUUUAGAACAUUGGUUUAUCUCAUAUUUAGAAUUAUUAUCUCGUUUCCGAUUAUGGACUGUGUGUGCACGUAUCAUAAAGCAAUGCGGUAAUCCUUUUGCUGGUGCCGAUAAUCAAACAUAUUUACGGGAACGUCUUAGAAGUAUUAAUCACCACUAUGUUUUCAGACCGAUGGUCAUGAAACAACCAGAAUCUGAAUCAAAAACUUCUGGAAAUACUGGGGAUACUCGAUCGGAUGUAAAUACACGAACUCGGUGGAAAAGUGGUGGUUUAACAUGUAUUGACAAUCCAUUUGUUUCACGUUUAAAUAACAUGUCUUUGGCAUUAGCACCGGGUGUAGCAGCCUUAAAUCAAGCUUCAACAACCUUAUCAAUACGAUGUGGUUUAUGCACAAAACCAUUGUGUGCCAGUGAAACAACUCAACAAUUAACUGGACAUUCUGGUUGGGCUUGUUCACGUCAUGCAACAUCAUUUGAUCCAGCUACCAUAACUUGUGCAUUAUGUCAUCUAGUUGUUCGUGGUUUAUUUGUUUGUUGUAGAGGUUGUAGUCAUGGUGGUCAUUUGGAUCAUAUGCAGGCUUGGCUUAUGAAAAGAUCAGAAUGUCCAACUGGUUGUGGUCAUCGUUGUAGAUAUGAUUAA